AUGGGUGGUCUCAACUGGGUUUAUUCACUGAUUUUUACCGCACAAAUAUUGCUUCAAAUUCUCUGUGAUCCCUUUUCCGGUUUUGAGGAAGACUGUCUAUGUACAGGAAGCAUGGCAAGUAACCCCCCAUCCUAUGGUGCACAGUCACUUUGGCCGCCUGCGGCUGGAUCCAUGGGCCCUCAAAAUUUUGGUCCUUCCUUUCCUAUGCAAUUUCGUCCGCCAGCACCAAUGCCACAUGGACAGCCAUUUAUCUCUCCCUCUGCCACUCAGCAAUUUCAUCCAGUUGGACAAACACAACAUGUUGGGUUGCCUCCUGGUCAAAGUCAGCCUCCACAGUUUUCUCAACCAAUGCCACAGUUUCUGCCACAGUCUAGCCAGCCAGGGCAAACUACACCAACUUCAUACGCCCAACCAAGUAUGCCUAUCACAUCAAUUGCGCCACAGUCUCAGCCUACUGGCCCAAGUCCUGGAGUUUCAUAUUCUUCGCCAUACACUUUCGCUCCAUCUUUUGGCCAGCCACAGAAUAGCAUGAACAUGACUUCCCAAUUCCAACCUGCAUUCCUGGUGUCUGCUCCUUUUGGCCCUACUGGCGGACAACCUUGGUUGCACUCUAGUCAGGGUGCCUCAGUUGUUGCACCAUUACAGCAAACUAGUCAGCAACCUUUGGUUACAGGCCUUACGGCUGUUCCUGUGCCGGCUGUUAAUGGUCUUAAUACCACUCAACAGACUGCUUCUGAUUGGCAAGAAUAUGAAGCUGCUGAUGGGAGAAGAUAUUUUUACAACAAAGUUACAAAGCAGUCUAGCUGGGAGAAACCUCGUGAAUUGAUGACACCCUUAGAGAGAGCUGAUGCCUCAACUGUUUGGAAAGAGUUCACAACUCCUGAGGGUAGAAAGUAUUACUACAACAAGGAAACAAAGCAAUCUAAAUGGACUAUACCUGAUGAAUUGAAGAUGGCUCGUGAAGAGGCUGAAAAGGAAGCUGCCCAGGGAGCACAUACUAGCUCUACUGCACCGCCAUUUUCUAUAGGCACUUCUGCUGAACGAUUAUCUGCUGCUGUCACCACAGUCAGUUCCACCAACACAAAAAUGUUUCCUGUCACUUCAAGUCCCAUUCCACUUGCCUCCAUUACUGAUACUAGUGCUUCUCCAGUGAUGGUUUCUGGAUCAUCAGCCACCCCCACGAUACACACUGCUCCUACAAGUGCAGUUGGUGUGCCCUUAGUUGGUGAAACAGUUGUGCCAUCGCCUUCUAAUUCAACACCUGUGAGCAACAUGGAAAGUUCAUCCUCCAAUGUUCAGGCUUCACUAGGUGGGGCUUCUUUGAUGGAUAUUGAGGAGGCAAAGAAGGGAAUGGCUGUUGCUGGAAAAAUAAAUGUAACGCCAGUGGAAGAGAGACCAUUGGAUGAUGAACCCUUAGCAUAUGCUAACAAGCAGGAGGCAAAAAAUGCAUUCAAAGCACUAUUAGAAUCUGCAAAUGUUGAGGCUGAUUGGAGUUGGGAGCAGGCUAUGCGAGUCAUAAUUAAUGACAAACGAUAUGCUGCACUGAAAACUCUCGGUGAGCGGAAACAAGUGUUCAAUGAGUACUUGAUGCAAAGAAAAAAAUUGGAGGCUGAAGAGAGACGUCUCAGGCAGAGAAAAGCUAAGGAGGAGUUCACAAAGAUGUUGGAAGAAUGUGAAGAACUGACACCAUCCACCCGCUGGAGCAAAGCAGUGGCAACAUUUGAAGGUGAUGAGCGUUUCAAGGCUGUUGAGCGAGAAGCAGAUCGUGAGGAUCUGUUUAGGAACUACUUGUUAGAUCUUCAGAAAAAGGAAAAGGCAAAGGCUCAAGAGGAGCAUCGACGGAAUAGAUUGGAGUUUAGGCAAUUUCUGGAAACCUGUGCCUUUAUCAAGGUUGAUAGCCAGUGGCGGAAAGUUCAAGAUCUCUUGGAAGAAGAUGAACGAUGCAGAUGCCUUGAUAAAAUAGACCGCCUUGAUAUUUUUCAGGAAUAUAUCCGUGACUUGGAGAAGGAGGAGGAUGAGCAGAAGAAGAGACAGAAGGAACAACUGAAACGAGCUGAGCGUAAAAACCGUGAUGAAUUUCGCAAGAUGAUGGAAGAUCACAUAGCUUCUGGCACUCUUACAGCUAAAACUCACUGGCUUGAUUAUUGUAAAAAGGUCAAGGAUUUUGAAGCUUACCAGGCUGUUGCCUCAAACACUUCUGGUUCUAAGCCGAAGGAAUUGUUUGAGGAUGUUGUUGAAGAAUUAGAGAAAAAGUAUGAAGGUGACAAAGCCCGUAUAAAAGAUAUGCUGAAGUUGGAAAAGAUUACAGUUUCAUCAACAUGGACAAUUGAAGACUUCAAGUCCUCUAUUGAACCAAGCAGUGGUUUAUUUUCAGUAUCUGACAUCAAUUUACAGCUCAUAUACGAGGACCUUAUUGAGAGAGCAAAGGAGAAAGAAGAGAAAGAAGCUAAGAAACGUAAACGUCUUGCCAAAGAUUUCACUGAUAAACUGAGCACUAUUAAGGAAGUAAAUGCAUUGUCGAGUUGGGAGGAAUGCAAACAACUUGUGGAGGAUAGCUCUGAGUACAGGUCCAUUGGAGAAGAAAGCAUCUGUAGGGAGAUAUUUGAUGAAUAUGUUAGGCGCUUGCAAGAGAAAGCCAAGGAAAAGGAGCGUAGAAGGGAGGAGGAAAAGGCCAAAAAGGAAAAAGAGAGGGAGGAGAAGAGAAAAGACAAAGAGAGGAGAGAAAAAGAUAGAGAGAAAGAAAAAGAGAAGGACGAGAAGGAGAAAGACAGAGACAGAGACCGAGAGCACGAGCGCGAGAAAGAAAAAGACAAGGUGAAAGAACACUUGAAAAAAGAUGAAGUAGAGAGCGAGAAUAUGGAUAUCACAGACAAUCAUGGGCACAUAGACGACAAGAGGAGGGAAAGGGACAAGGAGAGGAAACAUAGGAAGCGGCAUCAGAGUGAUGAUGUCAGUUCCGAUAAGGAUGAUAAAGAGGAGUCAAAGAAAUCCCGUCGUCAUGGCAGUGACCGGAAAAAGUCAAGAAAGCACACAUAUUCACCUGAAUCAGAUAGCGAGAGUAGGUACAAAAGACGCAAAAGAGAACAUAGGGAUGGAUCUUCUCGUAAUGGUGAUCACGAGGAGCUUGAAGAUGGUGAACUAGUUGCCCUGUCACGCCCCGCCAAAAGAAAAUAUUCUUCUAGUUCAAGAUAG